GAGCUGUCUGACUAAUGAACGAAGGAUUGGUGCAGGAAAUGAACACUUGAGAGGUAUACAUUCUGGCAUUCGCAGUGUAAUUGAAAACCCACCCAGUGAAGUACUGCAACAGGAAAAAGAUAUCUAACUUAUAGCAGCAUAAUACAUGAAGUGAGGAGGAAUGAUAAUCUCAGGCUACUUUCCCUUGGAGCUGUCUGAACAUUAACCAUCGCACUCAGCACUACCAGAUAUGGCACACAUCACGCUGAAUCAGUAUUUACAGCAGGUCCUCGAGUUCAUCGACAGUAGGGAUGGUGAUUCCUGUGCUGAGUUUUUGUCAUUUAAACAUCCUCAUGUUGCAAACCGUAGAUUACAGUUAGCAAGUCCAGAGGAGAGAUGCCAGCAGAUCCUGGAACCCCCUUAUGAUGAAAUGGUGGCGGCUCAUUUACGAUGUGCCUAUGCUGUUGCAAACCAUGAUUUUGUGGAAGCCUGCAAAUAUCAAACAUUUGUGGUUCAAUCAUUCUUGAGGGCAUUCCAAGCUCACAAGGAGGAGAAUUGGGCUCUACCGAUAAUGUAUGCAGUAGCUCUGGACCUACGGAUCUUUGCAAAUAAUGCUGACCAACAACUAGGAAAGAAAGGAAAGGGCAAAGUGGGAGAUAUGCUGGAGAAAGCUGCAGAACUACUGAUGAGUUGUUUCCGAGUCUGUGCCAGUGACAACCGCGCUGGAAUCGAUGACUCAAAGAAGUGGGGAAUGCUAUUUCUCAUCAAUCAGCUGUUCAAAAUAUAUUUUAAGAUCAAUAAACUCCAUCUAUGUAAACCUUUAAUCAGAGCCAUUGACAGCUCCAGUUUAAAGGAUGAAUACAGCAUGGCACAAAGGGUGACAUACAAAUACUACGUUGGGAGGAAAGCCAUGUUUGACAGUGAUUUUAAACAAGCUGAAGAAUACUUAUCGUUUGCAUUUCAGCAUUGCCAUAAGUCCAGCCAGAAGAACAAGCGGAUGAUUUUGAUCUACCUGCUGCCUGUCAAGAUGCUCCUUGUCAGUAACUCAUGGAGUGGAAUAAUACUGACUGUAGUAACAGGCCACAUGCCAACAAUCCAGUUGUUACGAAAGUAUGACCUUUUGCAGUUUUCUGAUGUCACCAAGGCUGUUGGUGAAGGGAACCUUCUACUACUGAAUGAUGCUUUAGCAAAACAUGAAGCCUUCUUCAUUCGCUGUGGAAUCUUCCUCAUACUUGAGAAACUGAAAAUCAUCACGUAUAGAAAUCUUUUCAAGAAAGUGUAUUUGCUGCUCAGGACACACCAGCUGCCACUUGAUGCUUUUCUGGUUGCUCUUAAUUUCAUGCAAGUUGAGGGUGUUGACAUUGAUGAAGUCCAGUGUAUUUUGGCAAACCUCAUCUACAUGGGACACAUCAAGGGUUAUAUCUCUCACCAGCAUCAGAAGCUUGUUGUCAGUAAACAGAACCCUUUCCCACCGCUAUCCUCUGUGGCUUAACAAAUCAAGGUCGGAAGUUCAUGUAUUGCUCCCCACACUUAUCCCGGGACAUGCAUGUAGUGUUGGUUGACGGCUUCAUAACCAAGGAUCAUUCAUCUAAAGCUAAGGAUGAUGUGACGUGCAUCCCAGUGACUAUUUCCUGUGAUCGGUUUGAGGCACUUCCUCUGCCACUGUCCCAUUUUGUAUUUCCCAUUAAAGAUGUACAUGUAAUGCAAGGUAUAUUUUGUUUACUUAAACUUGUUAAAUGACAGUGAUGGAAUAAACACAAACUAUUCUUUUUAUUGAA